UUAAUAAUAUCUUCAGGUCGCUUUUCUAUGUAGAGACAAAUACAGUUUGUGUUUAUGUGCCGGUUAUGGUAUGUUGACAAUAUGUAAGAGGCAGAGGAGCAAAUGGGCAACAGUCCUUUUAAUUAAUGUGUAAUCAUCAUGGCUAAUGAGGGCUGUCUCAAGGCUGGUGAAAAUCCAUUUUCUUCUGAUAAACAUGCCCAAUUCAUCUUAGCCCAGAUCAAUAAAAUGAGAAAUGAACAGCAUUUCUGUGAUGUGCAGCUGCAAGUUGGGAAGGAAACUUUUUGUGUCCAUCGGCUGGUUUUGGCUGCCAGUAGUCCAUAUUUUGCAGCUUUGUUCAGUGGAGGAAUGAAAGAAUCCUCAAAAGAUGUUGUACAGAUUCUAGGAAUUGAAGCUGGAAUCUUUCAACUACUUCUGGAUUUCAUUUAUACAGGUCUAGUGAACAUAGCUGCAAAUAAUGUUCAAGAAUUGAUUGUUGCAGCAGACAUGCUACAGUUGACUGAAGUUGUUAAUCUUUGCUGUGAAUUUCUAAAAGGACAAAUUGAUCCACUGAACUGCAUUGGGAUUUUCCAGUUUUCUGAGCAAAUUGCCUGCCAUGACCUUCUGGAAUUCACAGAAAACUAUAUUCAUGUUCAUUUCUUGGAGGUUCAUAGUGGGGAAGAGUUCCUGGCACUUACAAAAGAUCAGCUGAUCAAAAUUUUACGAAGUGAAGAGCUUAGCAUUGAGGAUGAAUAUCAGGUCUUCUUAGCUGCAAUGCAAUGGAUUUUGAAAGAUCUGGGGAAGAGACGAAAACAUGUGGUAGAAGUGCUAGACCCAAUUCGGUUCCCUUUAUUACCACCUCAGAGGCUUAUAAAGUAUAUAGAAGGAGUAUCUGACUUUAAUCUUCGUGUUGCAUUGCAAACACUUUUGAAGGAGUACUGUGAGGUAUGCAAAUCUCCCAAAGAGAAUAAAUUCUGUAGUUUUCUGCAGACAUCUAAGGUUCGACCACGGAAGAAAGCAAGAAAGUACCUAUAUGCUGUAGGUGGAUACACACGGUUGCAGGGGGGUCGUUGGAGUGAUAGCAGAGCCCUCAGCUGUGUAGAACGUUUUGAUACCUUUAGCCAGUACUGGACCACUGUGUCUUCACUUCAUCAGGCUCGAUGUGGACUGGGAGUAGCAGUUCUGGGAGGGAUGGUCUAUGCUAUUGGAGGUGAAAAAGAUUCAAUGAUUUUUGACUGUACUGAAUGCUAUGAUCCAGUUACAAAGCAGUGGACAACUGUAGCUUCAAUGAAUCAACCCCGCUGUGGUUUGGGAGUAUGUGUGUCUUAUGGAGCUAUCUAUGCUUUGGGUGGAUGGGUUGGAGCUGAGAUAGGGAAUACUAUUGAACGUUUUGAUCCUGAUGAAAAUAAAUGGGAAUUGGUUGGCAACAUGGCUGUGUCACGCUACUACUUUGGUUGUUGUGAAAUGCAAGGUUUAAUUUAUGUAAUUGGGGGACUCAGCAAUGAAGGAAUAGAGCUUCGUUCUUGUGAAGUUUAUGAUCCACUUUCUAAGCGAUGGUCUCCACUUCCUCCAAUGGGAACCCGGAGAGCAUAUCUUGGGGUGGCAGCACUCAAUGACUGCAUCUAUUCUAUUGGUGGAUGGAAUGAAACACAAGAUGCUCUUCAUACUGUAGAAAAGUAUUCCUUUGAAGAGGAAAAGUGGGUUGAAGUUGCCUCAAUGAAAGUGCCUAGAGCAGGCAUGUGUGUUGUGGCAGUCAAUGGUCUUCUGUAUGUUUCUGGAGGCCGAUCUUCCAGCCAUGAUUUUUUGGCCCCUGUUACCUUGGACUCAGUUGAAGUAUAUAACCCCCACUCAGAUACAUGGACUGAAAUUGGUAAUAUGAUCACUAGUCGUUGUGAAGGGGGUGUUGCUGUACUAUAAAACAUAAAUCAUAAGAACACAGGAACAUUUUGAAAAUGUAGGAUCUGAUCUUGUACAAAUGAAACUUAUAUUUAGUGAUAAGACCCUCUGAUUUUAUGGAAUUUCCAUACAUUUAGAUAAUGAUUUUUCUAAACAUUUGGGUAAGAAUGGAUAUUAAAUUAAUGAGAAGCUCAUAUAAAUUUUCCCAGCUUACCAAUAAUAGAAAUGCUGUUUAUGCUCUAGAACUAUCCAGUUAGACAUACAGUCCUAAUUAUAAAAAUUAUAUCCUAGAAACCUUUCUAGGAUAUAUUAGCUUUUAAGGCAAUAGCUUCUUAGGUUGUCUCACCAUUGCAAAUUCAAUUUAUAACCUGUAUAUGAUACAGUAAUAAUAUCCAUGAGACAGCUUGUUUUUUAUUGAGGUCAUGAUAACUUUUUGCCUAGUCUAGCCUCAAACCAUGAUCAUCUUCUUCCUCCAUCUUUGCCACCUACUUAGCUGUGAUUAUAGGCAGGAGCCACCAUGCCUGGCUUAAAAGACAGUUUAGAAAUCUAUGUAUAUCCUUGAUUUAAUCCAGAGAACAGUUUUCUUUAAACAGGGUUGGGGAUCCUUUUUUUUGCCAAGGGCCAUUUGGAUAUUUGUAAUAUCAUAGGCUAUACCAAAUUAUCAAUAUAGGUAGAUGUGCCUCAGGCAACCAACAUAAAACAUUUCAUGUCUGUCCUAUCUUGAACCAAAUGAAUGUUCUCAAUCCCUAGAACCUGAAGCCACCACUGCCUGGCUAGUUGGAGGUUUUUUGUGAGUGUCUUUGAUUUAAAUAGGAUAUUGUAAUGGGGGAUAUAUGCAUACCUAGAAAUGUCUUCAUUUUGUAGAUAGUUCCCAAAAUUAUGUUUGGCUUUAUGAAGAGAGACUUUUAUUAGAUUAUUAAACUUUGUGAAAUUUAUUUGAAUUUUGGCAAGCCUGUGUAUGAGUGUAUUGCAGUGCUACUGCUUAACUUAGAGAAGGCUGAAUUUAGGUACACCUUGAGUAUUCCUAGCCUGAAAUCUCAAAGGUUUUGAAUGUUAAUAUUUGAUGCUGAAAAGACUUUAGACUUCAGAUUUCAGAUUUUCAAAAAAAGAAUGUUCAAUCAAUAAAAUCUACAUAAAUUUUCUAAAAUCUAAAGAAUUCCAAAAUCAGAAACACAUCUUUUCACACCCUUUCAGGUAAAGGAUAUUAAACCUAUACCUGUGAAACUACUGGAAACUUUUAAUUAUAAUUUGAAAGCCCUUCUGAUUUAAAACUGUGUUUUAAGAUUUGCGAAGCAUUCUGAACAACUGUUCUCUGAUCUGUUUUGUAGACUCAUUGUGUAUAUGUCUGUUACUUUUAAGUUAUUUGUUUUGGCCAGUUAGAGUCAUAUUGAUUAAAGAUUUUGUACACAUUAG